AAUGCAUAGGCUCCGGCAAUCCGGCGAUAGUGUUUGUAAAGAAUAUUUUAUAUUCAUUUAUAUAUAAUGGCUCAGCAAGAUUCAAUAUAUGAUUUAGCUUAUCGAGGUAAGACGUCAGACGUGAAAAUUCUACUUAAUGAAACUGAAUCUUUGAAAACACAAACAGAUAGCAAUGGACGAAUGUUGAUACACUGGGCUGCUUUAGGCGGACACGAUGAUCUAGUCAGAUAUUUAUUAUCUCUCGGUGUACCGGUCGAUCCAACAGACGACACAAACAUGACACCAUUAAUUCUGGCAGCCUCUGCUGGACGAGAAAAAGCUGUUAACACUUUACUUGCAGAAGGUGCAAAUGUUAAUGCGAUGACUAUAGAUGGACAUUCAGCAUUGCAAUACGCAGCAUCAAAAAAUUGGAAGUCAAUAUGCGUUGCAUUGCUCAGAAAAUAUGCUGACAUAAAUAUUGCUGACAAAAGAGGAGCGACUCCUAUGCAUAGAGCUGCUUCGAAAGGAAAUGUUGCAAUCGUCCAAGUGUUAAUAGAAUAUGGAAGAGAUUUGAAGAUAGAUCAGAGAGACGCAUAUGGAAAUACCCCGUUGCAUCUAGCUUGCGAGGAGGAUCGUCUGGAGGAAGCAAAGAUAUUGGUUGCAAAUGGCGCCGAUAUAACAUUGACCAACAAAGAACGCAAAACUCCAUUGGAUCUGGCGAGUCCUGGAUUAGCUCGAACGCUUAAAGAACUAAAGGAAGAACCAAUAACAGCUGGUACUGCUUAAGACUUUUUUUUUUAUAUUUCAAUUAUACUUAAAUGUUGAUUUUCUUCAAUAUGAAAAAGAAAAAAAGUAAAUAAAUAAAACGCGUGAUUAUACAAAUAAAAAUA